CUCGUAUUUAAUGGUGCCGCUGCCAAGGUCGAGUAAAGUUGGUGGUGAGCGAGCUGUCCUGGGAAUUUGCUGGAAAGUCCGGUCUUAAAGACAAUAACCAACGGUGUUGUCCAGCGGUGGAGCGCCUUGCAGCCAGUAGGGACCAUCUGUGGGAGGCAAUUGUUGGGAGUAUACCGUUGUCUGAUGAUGAGAUUGCGGAUAGGACGAUUUUCGAACGCUUGGUCGCGUAUUAAUAGAAUCUCGGUUACAUACGAAACGUGAGGUGCAACGAGCGGGAUAAAUACCCUGAACAUCCUCUGUAACUUCUGCGAGUUUUGUCCAUUGGAGAUAUUGUCGCGAGCAAUGAGAAAUAUGCGUAUCAAAGAACCUGCAAUGAGUAUUUACAUACUGUGGGCGUACACCGUUCAGUAUCUUUUAUCCAUUGAAGAUAUCGUCGCAGGCGAAAGAAUGUAUCCAGGGUGCAUCAAGUGCCUAAAUACCAAGAAUUAAGUUGUCACGUAAACAUUGCAUCGGAGCUGCUGAAUCAUUAUUGUACUGAAUUUAUUAGCAUAGUUAUGGGAACAAGUGUGCCAAGGAAUAGAGAAGAUUCAUUGUCAGUCGAGGCUUUACCGUGGACAGCAACUGAUAAACAUAAUGUCGAAGGCAAAUAAUAAAUUUUGGAAACAAAUGAUUGCGUUGACGCCUGAAAAUUUAAGGAUUCCAGAAAGACGUAUUGAUAUACCGAUGGUCGACAAUAAAGAAUUUAGGAUAAAUUUAAUCGAACGCAUUGAAGCUGUUACGCUAAAGAUAAUAAAACAAAUAUCCACUGGACAAUCACCACAAAUAUCGUAUUCCAGCGGUCGAAACAUUACUAUAGAAUCUAGCUUGCGUGAAGACGUUUCUCCCGGAUGCUCGUCCGAUCUUCAGGAUACGAUAUCCUACAAUUCUUUAUUUGAUUUGGAAAGCGAAGAACAGGAAGAAGAAUUUUCUCAAAAUUCAAGAAAAACCACUGUCAAUUUUGCGGUAAAACGUAGCAGAGAUAAAUUUGUUCUUAUGAUUUUAAUAAUGUCCGAGGUUCAUCAUUUGUUACUAACGAACACGACAAAGACUAAACGAUCGUUCUACUAUGACUUGAAGAAUGAUAUAACUGGAAGUUUGGUAUCUGAUCAAAAAUAUGUUGAUCGCGCGCUGAACGAUGUCGCUAAUUUACUGAAAUGCGCACCUUGGGAUUUAAGACUAUUGGCAACAGCUAAAGGAUUAGUGGCAGGAAAUAUGACCAUUACACUUGAUGAUAAUCAAGUCAUCGAUUGUACGAUACCAGGAGGGGCGCAGAUUCCACUGAUUACAUCAAAUGUAACUGCUAUUUGUGUGAAGGCUGAAUUUGUUCUAAUCAUUGAGAAGGACGCAGUUUUUCAAAAGUUGCUCGAGGAAAACUGCCCUCGCAUUUUAAAUUGUAUUUUAGUGACGGGAAAAGGUUAUCCAGAUGUGGCCACGAGAAUGCUAGUUAAGAUGCUGUCUGAAAAAAUCAAUCUCCCGGUUUAUAUAGUCGUAGACGCGGAUCCUUUCGGUGUGGACAUUAUGUUAACUUAUCGCUUUGGUUCAUCGACUCUUUAUAAAGAAAGCGAAAGCUUGGUUUGUCCUAAUGUGCGCUGGCUCGGAAUCCAUCCUUCAGAACUGAUUUAUCUACAAGUGAAAACAAUCCCGCUUACCAAGGCCGAUCUCAUAAAAUUGAAAUCUAUCGAAGCCCGGACUUACAUAAACGAGACUAUAUCGAAGCAGCUGAGUAUACUGCGUAAAGGGAAGGCAGAAAUAGAAGCGGUGGCUUUUUUAAAAAAUUUUUUUACUGCGACGUAUUUGCCUAAUAAAAUAGACAGCCAAGAUUAUAUUUAAAACGUAUACUCUUCAUGCGUAGUUAGAUUUUCUGUAAAUUUAACAGAGAAGUUUAAUUGAAAUAAAUUCUAUGAAAUACUUGCGUUCUCUUAUCAAAUAAAACGUCGAGGAAUUAAAUUGUUAGAGCUGUUACGUAAAAUGAAUAUAAAAAUGCUUUACUUCAAACGACGCGUUAUAUUCUCGCUUCUUACUUUGACCCUUUUUAUUUCCGACCGAACAACUUUCUCAGAGAAACUUUCGUCGCUGUCUUCCAGUGUUACAACCUGCGGAUUUUUAUGAAACGUGCCUAGAUAUAUAACACUGCCGUCGGAUGGGAUGAGAGAUUCGAUUAGAUCUGUCGUCGCUUUUAUCUCACGACUUUUCGAACGUGUCGCGUACGGAUGCUCGUGCAGUCUUCAAUAUAAAAUUUCGAGCAUCUGUCAAAUAACAUGAGCUAUCGAGUGGAUAUUUUUCAAUGAACUGAUUUACCGCUUUUCGGUGUGAUUAAUAAUUUUGUGUCCGUAAGGUUUUUUCUGUUUUAAACGGUUUGAAAAAAUUGUGCGUUUCCUUUUCCUCAUUCGAUAAUAAACCAUUAUUUUUCAAGUUUCCGCAAUGUUGAUGUUGCGAUUCUUGUGUGCUG